CCAUCUUUCAUCCCCGUCCUCUCAUAGGUUCGGUUCAAAGGUAACACAGAGACUGGGGACGCUAUAAAGAUCCAGUUUGUUUAACUCCGCCACUCUGCUCGGUUCACUUCUCCGGUCUGUUUUGUUUCCACCAGCGCACACCAAAAUGCCCAGCAAGAGGAAGAAGAACAAGCGUCGCAUGAGGAGGGUGCAGGCCCAGAGGAGAGCCCUUGAAGAGCAGCAUGCAGCCAACCCACCAGUCAAAGCAAGCCCAGGGAUCGCAGUGAGUGCCCCACCUGCAGCAUCCCCGAAGAAAGCAGCUAAAACUCCAGCACCAGCCCGAGAAAAGAUCCCAGAGGCCAUUCCCGUUGCUGUCCCCAUUGUGGAGACCCCCGAGGUAGAACUAAAACCACCUGUGAAAGAACCUGUCGCAGAGCCCGUCCCAGUUGAGGUAGAAGCACCAGAGCCUGAGGCUGUGGUGUUGGAACAAACUCCACCUGAAGUCGAGGUUGAGGUCCCAGCCCUGGUGAGUGAAGAAGUAUCAGUCAUCGAGACUCCACUGGCAGAACCCACGGUAGUUGAAGCUGAGAUCGCACAGGAAGCUGAACCUAUCAUUCCUGAAACAGAACCAGAAACGGAGGUCAUACCCCCAGCUGAGGCUCCGGUGGCAGCUCCUGCUGAGAACGAAAUUCACACAGAGGCGACUACAGUCAUAACCACAGAGACUGAACAGACGGAUAAUGUCUGCGGGCCAGAGACUGAAGAGGAGGCUGAGGACUUGGCGAACAAGGACUCAGCCAUCGACACUGAGGAGGAAGUGGCCGUCGCAGAAGCCACCGAAGAAGCAGUUGCAGAGACACAGACGAGCGACCAAGUUUCUGCUGAAGCAGAACCCACUGCAGAAGAGGUGGUCACAGACACAGUGGUGGAAUCAGUGGAGGACGAGGCUGUCACAGCGCUACCUGAGCCAGAACAGGCGACUGAAGCCGUCGUCAGUCCGGCAGCCCCAGAAGAGGAUGCCUCUGAGGCAGAAGUGCUGGCUGAAGAAGAGGCACCUGAAAUGCCUGCUGAGCCUGUCACAAUGAUAGAGGAUGCCCCUGUCCAAUCUGUGGAAACCCCAGCGGUUCCAGCCACUGUUCCCGAGGCUCCGACAGAAGAGGCUGAAGUCACUGUGACUGAAGUCAGUGAGCUUGCUGCCACUGAGGACGUGGCUGAGAGCCUGGUCGAUGACUUUGUCGUCACAGAAUCUGCCUCAGCACUUGAGGUCGCCAUUUCUGAGUCUGCUGCUGUGCAGGCGGAAAAUGUGGAAAUGAGUGACACUCUCAGCAACCAAUCAGAAUCCAGGGAUGUGAUGCCCACUGAGCCUGAACCUGCCGCUGCAGAGGAGACAGUCAUUGAUGCUGCUGCUGAGCAGACGUGUGUGGAUGUGCUGUCAGAAGGGCCUAAAUCAGAAAUCUGUGACAUGCCGUGUCAGAUGCAGCUCGCAGUGGAGUCUGUGGAGAUGUCAGUGGAGGCAUCGCUGAACGGGCAUAUUGUUCCAGAGGUCUCCAUCGAGGGCUAGAAACACAUCACACAGCUUGAAAGACUUUUUUUUUGUUUGGUCUUUAUUCCCCUUUGGUCAACUGGCAGACUCAGCAGGGAGUCAACCAGUUGACAUUCUUUUUAUUUUUUAGGGCUUAUGACAGAAGCGCCAGGAAAUUGAAGGGACAUCCACACUUUGAAGUGCCUUUCUGGCCCUUGUUCCUGUCUAAACUCCAAACCAGAUGUCAACAUGCCAAAAUAGCUGCAGUCAAGGCAGCACAAUAGUCUGUUGUCAUAAGUGUGCAGAAAUGGAAGCAAGCAUUUUGUGACUCCUUUUUCUGUAUUUCUCCCCCAAACUGCACAAAAUGAAUUAGCUGUGGAAGCAGAGGUGCUUGAGAGAUGGAGGCUUCUAAAACAACACAAAUGGCCACUCCUGAUAGUUCUUGGCCUGUUCCCAUCUCUCCAGAACAUCUGCUUCCACAUUACAUACACUCAAUGCAUGUGAAUUCCGUAGCAUCAGUGAACGUCACCACUUGAGUCUGUGUUCAUAAAGGUGGGAAUGACAACGCGUUUGUCUGUCUGUUUGUUUGUUUGUUUUUCUUUAAAUUUCACAUUUCAAAAUCACAGAUUUUGCGCGCCAGGCCCCUUUUUACUCUCAUGGAGACACAUCUACACCCCCCUUUCAUUUCUGUCCCCUCGUUUUCCUCUUUGCCUCUUAUGGCCAACGGGGGCCUGGACAGAGCAUAAGGGGAUGAAGGUCGUUUUCUGUUUCUUUUAUUUUCACUUUCUCCUUUUUUUUUUUUUUUUUUUAAAAAAAAAAAAAUCAUUUUGUAUUGACCAUAUGAUGUGCUACAGUUUUGUGUUCAGAGUCUCUGGAGGGGAAAUGUACGGUAAUGUGAUUUGGUCAGGUGUAUGACUGUUGGACUGACUUCAUCCACCUUUGAAAUAAAGCUGUAACUCAUUGUGAUAAA